UUUUUUUUUUUAGUGUUUUCAUUAUUCCUAAUGAGAAAAGCCUACUUCAGAAGUUCUUUGAGCAUGUGCAAGAAGUGAAACCACAUAUAUUUUCUACAUACAACGGAGAUUUCUUUGAUUGGCCAUUUAUUGAAACAAGAGCUGCCAUUCAUGACUUGGACAUGUUUAGAGAGAUUGGCUUCCAGAGGGAUUCUCAAGGAGAGUACAAAAGUAGGCCGGCAUCACAUAUGGACUGUUUCAGAUGGGUCAAACGAGACAGUUACCUGCCAAUGGGCAGCCAGAAUUUGAAGGCUGUUGCUAAGGCAAAACUGAGGUAUGAUCCUGUAGAACUUGACCCAGAAGAGAUGUGCCGGAUGGCCAGUGAGCAGCCUCAGGUGCUGGCCAACUAUUCAGUGUCGGAUGCAGUGGCCACCUACUACCUCUACAUGAAAUAUGUUCAUCCCUUUAUAUUUGCUCUCUGCACCAUCAUUCCCAUGGAGCCAGAUGAGGUGUUGCGGAAAGGCUCAGGCACCUUGUGUGAGACUCUUCUCAUGGUCCAGGCCUACCAUGCCAACAUCAUCUACCCCAACAAGCAGGAGUCGGUACUCAACAAGAUGACAGCAGACGGUCAUGUCCUGGACUCAGAGACCUAUGUUGGAGGACACGUGGAGGCGUUAGAGUCAGGC